CGAUUUUAUCUGACCUUGAAAAUGCUCGAAAUCACCGGUGCGGAGUGAUAUCUACGCUGUGUGUUUCAGAGGCUGGAGGGAAAUUCGUCGUUCUACAUGAUCUGUUUUCAGCGACGACGGAGGCUGUUGGGAUCUUGAUUACUCUAUUAAAAUUUGAGAAUCUGUCGGAUUUUUUUCUUUCUGGACUUUUGAGCAUUUGGAAGGAUUAUCAUAGACUAGGACUAGGAUGAAUAUCUCUUUGCGGUCGUGGUCGACUGUGGUUAUAUUUGCCGCUGUUAUUGCGGUAUGCCACAGUCAACAACAAUUAGAAAUAAUACCGGGUUCUGACCAGUAUCUUGAAGAAGGAUCAUUAUUUUCAUUUACAUGUGAAAGCAUAGGCACCAAUAAAUAUGAAUAUCCUAUCUGGAUUGAUCCACAGGGAAACCAAGUAUAUGACAGAGGUUCAGGCGGUAGUCAGGAGCGGUAUACUGAGCAGGACGGUAAAUUCGCCAUCGUAUUAUUUUUUGAUAAUAUCCAAGAAAACCAUGCAGGAUCGUAUUCUUGUAGAGCUGGUAGUCUCUCAAAAACAGUUAGUGUACAAAUUUAUAAAGGUAUAGAGUUUGAAGAUGCAGAAGAAGAGCAGUUCCUUACCAUUCCUGAGACAACACCUGUUUCUAUCGUCUUCCACUCACUUAAACUAACAUUUCACAUCCUCUCAUUUCAAUUUCACUCUCUGCCUCAACUCGAAGGUCGCUUCACACCGAUGAACGAGGAGCCGCAAACUACAGAUGAUCCUUCAACGAGAUACGUUCCUAAGGCUGGGACUGGUCUUGGGAUCACUGAUGUUGCCUUGACUGACGAAGGCACUUACACAUGUCGUGCACGAAUGCCAACGUUGGGAUAUACCAGGAAAGUGGAAAUAUUUGUGGACGUCUUGGUUCCUCCAGUCAUCACACAGGGACCUCAAAACACGACUGGGGAUGAGGGAAAAUCUGCACGAUUUACAUGUCACGCUGAUGGUGACCCCCUUCCUGUUGUCGUCUGGUAUUUCCAUGAUACGCCUGUAGAAAAUCCCAUCAAGUAUCAAAUAGGUGAAAAUGGACGGACGUUGUCGAUACAGAACUUGGAAGAAUCUGAUGGUGGUAAAUAUGAUUGCCGGGCUGAAAACAGAGUGGCGUUUGUUACAGAUAGUGCUCAUCUUACUGUCAAUGUUAUUCCUGUGCUUGGACCAUCGCAAAACGAGACGAGAGAUGAAGAUGAUUUUGUUUCGUUUACGUGUAUGGUAAUACGUGGUACUCCAUUCCCAACGCUUCGAUGGAAAAGAGGGAUAAAAUACUACGAACUAGGGGAACAGCCGGAUGACAACCGAAUCAACGUGAAUUUUAAUAGUCAGGAUCAAGAGUUGGUCUUGACCAUAAAUAAUUUGAAUAGAUUUGAUAUUGGUGUGUAUACCUGUGAGGCAGAGAAUGUUGCUGGAACAGAUGAAAGAGAUUCACUUCUAGAUGUAUAUUAUGAACCAGUGAUUGAAGAAACAAAAACUCUUAGUGUCCAGAAAUCGUGGCGUCGCAAUCCUACCAACAUAACAUGUGUUAUUAUGUCGAAUCCAACGGCAGAGUACAAAUGGGAUAGGAAUCCUUGGCCGUUGAACAGAACUGACCAUAGAGUUUAUAGCUCUCAGUUUGAAACAUCACUUUUUAUUAUACCUGAUCGAUUCAACGACUUUGGAGACUAUAGAUGCUCUGCAGAGAACAGACUGGGAUAUGUCCGCUAUGUGGUGACACUGGAAGAAACUUUUGUGCCUGACGUUCCCAAAAAAGUGGAGAGUCAAGAGAUAUUCCCAGACAGUAUAAUACUGCGUGUGAUGGAUCCAGAGAAUACAGGAGGAUGGCCCAUAGAUGGAUAUAAAGUUGGUGUGCGCCAAGGAGAAUUUGGAAAAAUUGAAAACCAAUUUUUUGUGAAAGGUGAAACCAUUGAUGUGAAGGGACUGAAAGUAAACACUGCAUACCAAGUCAUGGUGUCUUGUCAUAAUCCUGUCGGUUACAGUCUUUUCUCUGAAGCCAUAAUAUUUGAAACACUGGAUUACC